AUGAUGCCUUCCUCACUUUCACCAACCGCGCGUAGCGUGAUUUCCGCCCUUGUCUUGGCAUCCGCAGUACACGCGAGCGACAUCCUUAUGACCCGAGACGAUAGUGACAUAUACACCGAGCCCAGUACCGACUGUCACGAUAUUCACAUCUUCCUUGCUAGAGGAAACAAUGAGGUCGCCGGCGCAAUGACGAGGCAGACUCACGUCGUCAAGGCUGUUUGCGAUGGCCGCGACAGCUGUGGGUGGGAAGACAUCGAUUACGAUAACCCGGUGGACAACAAGUAUGCAGAGGCUUGUCACGAGGGCGCUGUCAACGGCUUGAAGCAAAUCAGAUCUUACGGCGAAGAAUGCCCAGACGCUAAGCUGGUCUUAACUGGCUACUCACAAGGCGCUCACGUUGUUGGCGACAUUCUGGGAGGCGGAGGUGGAACAUUCGAAACCAUGGGGGGUGGCGAGCACAUGGGCGAGAAUAGCACAGAGGAGUAUGUUCAAGGCUUGGACCAUGACAGCAGCCCGGGCAAUCAGAUCGUCGCAGCGUUCCUCUGGGGCGAUACACGUCAUACAGCGGGUCAGUCGUUCGAAGUCUUGGAUAGCGUUGAUUAUGAGGGCUGGUAUCCCCGAAACGAAACCGAAAUCGAGAGUCUAAACAAGUGGUCCGAUAUCCUGCGGUCGUGGUGUGACCCUCGCGACGGAGUCUGCGCCUACGAUACUACGGAGACGGUCAACUACACCUACCACUGGAACUACCUCGAUCUUUACUCGAGCGAUGCCGCGGACUGGCUGAGCGUCAAGCUUGGGGAGAAGGAGAACACUACUGCGACGGCGACGGCGAGUUCGAGCUCUAGCAAAGCAACUUCUACGUCUUCCUCGUCAAGCAGUGCAGCAGAAUCGACCUCAGCCUCCGACUCGGACGCCAAAUCAGGCGCCUGGAAAGCCGAAAGUGCACCGCUCGUAUCACUGGUGGCUGUCGUAGGAUUGAUGGCCACUUUGUUUAUCUAG